UCCUCCUUUAACUGCAUCUGGUGAGAAUCUCCUAAAACCCCUUCCUCAACCCUCUCUUCCCCGCUCUCUCUCUACUCGACAUGGCCGACUCCAUCGAUUCACCUCCCAUGGCUUCGCUCCCUCCACCGCCUGAACUCGCCGGACGCCUCCCUUCUUCCGUCGAAGACCGCCGCGGCACUCUGGUGGGUUCCGCUUCCCCCGACGACCGCGGGUGCGGUGGAGAGCCGGCCGCUGCGUCCGGCGUUGAGGGCGCGGCCGCGAGCUCGUGCCGAGCGCGGGAAUCGGGCGGCUCCGCUUUGGGUUCGCCGUCCGUGGGAGUUCCUGCGAGCGUUGCGAACGUGAUGGGACCGUCGAGUUCUCCCGAGGCGCGGGAGCCUGUCUGCGUCCAAGGAGUCCUCGGGGAGGACUCUGCGGAGGAAGCCAAGAGGGGCUCCGUCCGCGAAGGUACGGGUUGUUCGUCUUCUUUGGAAACGAAUGGAGAUGGGGAGUUUCUUGGUAAAGGCAAGGUGUCUGCGAUUCUGUUGGAAAUUAAGAAGCAGCAGUUGUUGAAUGAUCUUGAAGGUGGGUCGAUCUUCAGGGAGGUGGCCCAGCCGGAGCAUGUCGCUGAUGAAUCCCCCGAUAUUGAUGUGAUGAUAGCGGGUGCUGCUGAUGGAAACAUAAUUUCCGGGGAGCUGGUGUAUACCUGUGACGAGAUGGAAGGCGACAACGGAAUCGAUGGUUCUCUUAGACGUUCAUUGAAGAUUCAAGUCAUCGAUGAUACCGCAUUGAUUGAACCCGUCGCGUUCGCUGGAAUUGGAAAUGGGGGUGACAAGGAUAUGGGAAUGGUGGCGAGCUCUUCAAGAUGCACUGAAGGAAAUUCUUGUAAAAGUGUGAAAGAUGCUGCGGAUGGAAAGAAGACUAAACGUCCUCGGAGGAAAGGGAAAGGUGCAAAGCGAGACAAUUUAGUGCAUUUUGAUGAACCUAUGGAUGCUUGUCAAACGAAGGGAGACGGAACCGAAAGAAGGUACUCAAGGGAAGAAAUGGAGGCCCUGAGGUUUGUUAAUAUUUCAGAACAACGAAAGUUUUGGAGAGAGAUUUACAAUGGCCUAGGCCCCGUGGCAAGAGAGUAUGCAAAUCUUGCAAGCUCAAAGCAUCAGGCACAGUCUACUUUGAGCUAUCAUUGCCAGCGUCCGUCCCUUGGGAGGGCACAGGAUCCUGGUAUUCUUGGUGAAGCGUGUAAAAAACAGGUUGGUAUUGUACUAGAGAACACAGAGGACAGUGAAACAAACUUUAUGAAUCUGGACCCUGCUUGCGGCCAAAAUAUUUGUGGGGAAGAUGGUGAUAUUAUAGAAGAAGGGGGAGAGGAAGAUAGUGAUGACAGUGAUGAAUACUUUGCUAGCAUCCAAAGACCAGCCUUUUUGGUUGAGGGAGAACCCAACUUUGAUGCUGGGCCUCCAGAAGAUGGGUUAGAGUUUCUUAAGCGAGUCAGGUGGGAAGCUGCACAGAUUCCGAAUGUGAAGGUAGCCAAGCUUGAUCAGAGUAAAUUCCACAAAGAACAGAGCUCUUACAUGCCUGUAAUACCUGAGAUUGCCAAGUGUCCAGAACACUUGAUGCCACUGAAACAAUGGGAGGAUGCUUUUCUUGCAGAUUUUUCAAUGUUGAGGAGGGCCUUGUCAAGUGUUGAGACUACCGGUGCUGAAAUUUUAGGGGAACAACGAUCUUUGAUUAAGGUCGCAGAGGAGUACUCUGUUCAACAUCCCAAAAGUGAUGCUUCUGAAAAUUUCAGCGGCUGUCAAACUGCUCGGGAGGUUGAUGAAGCAGUCCCUAAUCCUAGUCGGAAAUCUCUUGGCAGUGAAAAAAGUGAAGACCCCACUUUAUCCGCGAUACUUGGGAUGGACUCGGUAGCUAGAGUAUCCAUGCUCAGGAAACGUAUAAACUCGGUGGAUGCCGCAAGCCUUCUUUCAAGAAACGAUUGUCUGUGGCUCUUUGCUCUGUGCGCCGCUGUGGACACCCCAUUGGAUGCCGACACUAGUGCAUCUCUCCGGAGUUUGCUCCGGAAAUGUGCGAGCUUGCGAACUCAGAAGGCUGAGCUGGACGAUGAAGUUAUAAUGCUGAAUAUUCUGGCCACAAUUUCCGGCAGGUAUUUCGGCCAGUCAGAUAAUUGAAGCUUUCUGCCACAACCAUAGCUGUGCUCUAUUUUUGAAUAUCAAUCUCAUCGAUAUCGUCGAUCUCAGUUAAACUAUUAUAAUUUGUUUAUGUUCCUGUUUUGUAUUUUCUGCUAAUCUUGCUAGUCUGAGUACAAUAUCUCAAUUACAACUA